UAGAAAAUUUCUAUUUUCUUGGGAAAUUUUAUCUCAUAAAAGGAAAAUGGAAUUUCCUCUUAGCUGUAGGAAUUUUGUUUUGUCAGAUCAGAGUUGGCAUCACUUCUAGUCGAAGAAGAAGAGGAGUCUUUUUAUAAGUGUGUCAACAUUACUUUUUACAGUCGUUUUUAAAAUAUAUCCAAUAAAUAAAUACAAAAGUUCGACAGAAACUAGACAACAUUUUUGCAUAGGAAAAGAUAAAAUCCAUCAAAAUGUCAUUGUCCCCUUGGUUAAAGUCACCCUUCACGGACUUGACCGGUGCAAUUGUAAGUCACCAAUGGUAUGGCGCGUGUGCCGACAUGGAGAUGAAGGCUUUAGACUGCUUGGAGGCGUACGGACUUGACAGAGGGUUAAAAAAGUGCGAUCCCCUGAUUAGAGACUUCACCGAGUGCGCCUUGAAGAUAAAACAAUUUAAAAGGAUGAAUGCCAUAAGAUGGGAGAGGAACCGGCAAUAUUGGGCAGGCGAAAGGAGUAAAGAAGACCGCUGGUCGAAAUCGCCGACACACGACAGUUAUUAGCAGAAUUUUGUAUAAGGUUUGUAGUGGUUUAUUAUCUAGCUAAUAUGUUAAUUGAAAUAAAUUAAAAUAAAGAUGGAUCUAUAUUAC